CAACGUUUCUUUCACAAUUCAGUGCAAGACGUGCCGGCUGAUGUCCAAGAAAAUCUACAUUGGUGAACAAGUCCACAAUGGGCAACACAAGUGUGAACAACAGUGAUAAAGUGGUAUAUUUGUGUGAUGAGAUAUUUGACUUUGCAACCAUCAGUGGUGUCUUCUUCAUCUUGAUCUUCAUCUUCAGUGUCGCAGGCAACGGUCUCCUCUUAUGUGUUCUUCUUUUUUACGAGAACCUGAAAAAUGCCACAAAUCUAUUUGUCCUGAACCUGGCCUGCUCUGAUUUGGUCUUUACUGUCACACUUCCAUUCUGGGCCACCCAAAUGCUUCACCACUGGGUCUUUGGGGACAUUUGCUGCAAACUGAUGACUGCGGCAUACUUUGUUGGUUUGUACAGCAGUAUCAUUCUACUGACUGCCAUAACUUUGGAUCGCUUCAUAACAGUGGUACUGAAGUACUGGCCAAGCAACCAAGUAAGAAGGCAGAGGUUUGCAAUGGUUGCCUGUGCAGCUGCCUGGGUCAUCAGCAUUGCUGGAUCCCUGAGUGAUGCUGUUAAGGUAAAGGCUGAAAAACACAAUAUUCCUGUCACAUGUGGUCCUCCCUCUGAUGACCCCGAUGUCAAGCUGGGAUAUUAUCUCCAAGUGUCACUGCUUUUUUUCCUUCCAUUUUUCAUUAUUGUUUUGUGCUAUUCUGCCAUCCUCAAGACAGUUUUGCAGUCUUCAAACAGAAAGAAGCACAGAACUGUUGUGGUGGUAUUAUGUAUUGUUGCAGCCUUCUUCAUCUGCUGGGGACCUUACAAUGUUAUGCUCUUCAUCUUGCCUUUUUAUGAACACAUAAGCUGUAAUGCACAGGAACGCUUGAUGAUCGCCUAUCAUAUUUGUCAGAUACUAGCUUUUUCUCACUGCUGUAUGAACCCUCUGCUGUAUAUGCUCUCACAAAAGUUGCGGGAACACCUUUUGCAUCUUUUUUCCUGUGAGAAAGUGCGGAGGAAGAACAGCGGGAGAGUCACCGGCCAAUGGACUGUUAUUCAGCGUGCAACUUCUGUGACACAGAACUCUGCUGAUAUGUUGGAACUACGCUCACUAUAGAUAUACACUUUUAAAAUGACACAUUGCUUCAGUCUCCAAAUGCUUUGGAAUGCAGUUUUUCACUUUUUAAUUUUAUUUAUAUUAUUCAUGUUUCCUUAAAAAUUAGUGUAUACGUACAGGUGGGUGACAAAUCAAAGGAAAACGAACAUAAAGUGUAUUAGUAAGGUGUUGGGACACCAGGACCCGGCAGAACAGCUUCAGCGCACCUUAGCAAUCAUUCUACAAUUCUCUGGAGAGAUGGACACCAUUCUUCCAAAAGAUGUUCCCUCAUUUGGUGUUUUGAUGAUGGUGGUGGAGAGUGCUGUCUUACGCAUUGUUUCAAAAUCUCCCAUAGGUGUUCGAUUGGGUUGAGAUCUGUGAUUGUGAAGUCAAUAGCAUAAGAUUCACAUCAUUUUCAUACUCAUCAAACCAUUCAGUGACCCCUCGUGGCCUAUGGAAGGGGGCAUUGUCACCCUGUUUCUGCAUUAAAUUUUCAGGUUUUUCCUUUACUUUGUCACCCGUCUUUACUUUGUCAAUCUGUUUACCGUGUAUAUAUAUAUAUAUAUAUAUAUAUACACACACACACACACACACACACACACACACAUAUACACAUACAUUACAUGCCACGUAAAUGCAUAUGUGUAAAAAGAGCUCAAGCAUGUCAGUAGAUAUGAUAAUGAGCGGGAAUUCUGUUUUCCCUGCUGCACUUUCUCAGCCUUUAUGAAUGAACUUUGCUUCGCUGUUACUGUAAUGUAUUUAAA